AUGCAAGCACAUCUUGAUAAUACUUGUUUAAGUGCACCAGAUAAUGCAAAAUCAAGUAUUAAAAAAAAAACAAAUGCUCCAUCAGUCGCUAAGACUAAAACAUCAAUAUUUAAAAAUUCUACUAUUCCACGUGUUCAAAGACAAUCAAAAACUAUACCAAUUAUUAAUUUCAUUGAUCACGUGAAUGAAGAAGAACAAGAAACUCUUGAAUUUAUAAAGCUUGCAGAAGAGUUAUUAGAUAAAGUUUAUGAUGAGGUGAAAAUAGAAACAAAUCGGCAAAUUUCAAAAGCACAAA